AUGCUGCUAAGUGUUAAUAAGAGGCUAUUAGAAGAAGAUAAGGUAUAUUACUUAAGAGUAUCCCUGCUAGUGUAUUUACCCUUACUACUUUACCCACUUACCUUUUACUUAACUAUUUUUACUUAUAUAACUUUAAGUAGCUUAUUAAUAAAAUAA